GUUACUAUAGAAACUUUAUGAACAAUAAGGUGCUUGGAUUAUGUGGAAAGCGAGAUUCCUCGAUGUUUAAAAAUGGCUUUUUAUGGCAACUCACAGCCGUUAUUGACGAGCAAGGUGAAAAAUGAUUUUCAUCGAUCACAGAAAUUGGUCAUCAAUGAUGGACUUCUUAUGGAACAUGAUGAAAAAUGUAAUAAGAAAUUGAAUUAUGUAUCAGACAGAUUAUCAAGAGGAUCUACAGAUUUUAGAAAACAUGUUUUAAGUUUUGAUGCUUAUUAUCAAGAUGCUCAAAAGACUACUCUUGACAAAGCUACUUUAUGCAAAAUUCUUUAUUAUUUGGAUGAUGAUACAAUUAAAGUCUGUGAGCCAGAUUACUCUUCAAGAAUACUCAAUAGAGGUUGUAUAAUACCCAGACAAAAGAUAAAGAAGAACAAGUCUUUCUCUUCGAAAGAUGAAUAUUACUCUGCUGAUGAUUUAAAUAUUGGCGAAUCUUUAGAUAUAUUUGGUGUGAAGUAUACAUUAAUAAAUUGUGAUCUUUUCACACAUGAUUUUUUAUCAAAUCUUGGUUAUAAGAUACAUAGACCUCAACCUGAAUUCACUUUUUUGUUGAGUCAAUUGCAAGAGAAGGAACAAAAGAAGUUUAUCAGCAAAAAAAUUUUCCCUAAAUCUUAUGAAGUUGCAAAAUUUUUAGAAGAGUAUCCAAAAACAUUAAGAUUUUAUGGUGCAUGGGAAGAUGUCACAAGCUAUGGAAAUAAAAAAUAUUUGGUUACAUUAUGUGUUAACAUCGCUAACGGAACUUUUAAAGUUCAAGAAAAUCGUCCUUUAAAUUUCAGAGAACAUGAUUCUCGCCUGCUAUUGAAACCAACAUUAGUUCCCAAGAAUGUUAUAUUAGAUAGCAUCGGGCAGAAGAGUGAGAAAACUAUUCUUAAUUUAUGCAGUAAUGUGCAUUUCAACCGCACAGAUGACAAGUGCAUUGAGUUCAAGCAACCCUCUUUUAUUUUGGAUAGUAAUCCAGUAAAGGAAAAAAACUUGGAAUACCUUACAGAAAAAGAUCUUGAAUUAGGAAUUUACUUGAAUGUUUUUGGCCAUCAACUUUAUUUAUAUGAUUGUGAUGACUUCACCAAACAAUAUUAUUAUUCCAAAUAUAAAAAAAGUUUGAUGCCUUUGCCAAAACCUGCAUUACCAAGGAAUAAAAUAAUAUAAAGGUCUUUUCCUUGCAAUCAAUUUUAGGCACAAAACAUUUUUCAAGGUCACUCAUGAAUGUGUAAAGAGAUAAAUUUGCAUCUAAAACACACCUUAAAAGUCAUUAACUAUUCAAAAAUAAAGUAAUUAAAGCAUUGAAAACUAUAGCAAACAAGAGGUUUUAGUACUGUCAAU